GUGAUAAAGAAAAUGUUGGAGGAAGGACAUCGGUGGUGGUGGUUAUGGUUGGUGGGUGUUCAUGGCAUAUUAAUGGCGGCGGUUGUUUCGUCAGACACACUAGUGGAGUCACCACAUGUUCCUGCGAUGUUUGUUUUUGGGGACUCCUUAGUUGACGACGGCAACAACAACUUCCUUAGCUCUAUGGCCAGAUCUAAUUAUUAUCCUUAUGGAUGCGAUUUCAGUGGAGGCGCUACUGGCAGAUUCACCAAUGGCAGAACUGUUGCCGAUAUGCUUGGAGCUCUUCUUGGUCUUCCUUAUGUACCGGCGUUUGCAAAUCCAACUACGGUGGGAAGCAGAAUACUUGGAGGAGUUAAUUAUGCAUCGGCAGCCGGUGGCAUCUUGGAUGAAACAGGCCAAAAUUUGGGACAACGAUACGGGCUUAGCCAGCAGGUUGUGAACUUUGAGAUUAGUUUAAACGAGUUGAGAGGAAUGAUGAGCGCAACGAACCUAACACAGUAUUUGGCCAAGUCCAUAGCCAUUGUUGUGGUGGGAAGCAAUGACUACAUCAACAAUUACUUGCUGCCUGGAAGCCUCUACAGCUCCUACAAUCCCCGCGACUAUGCCAACCUCUUGCUCAAUCGCUUUGCCCGACAGAUCGUGGCGCUCCACAGCGUCGGGCUGCGCAAGUUAAUGCUGGCGGGCUUAGGACCAUUGGGGUGCAUCCCCAAUCAGAGAGCCAGUGGCCGAGCACCGAGAGGAAGGUGCGUAGACUCGGUUAAUGAGAUGCUUGGUAGCUACAACGAAGGUCUAAAGUCACUAGUGGACCAGUUAAAUGCCAGAUACCAGGGCGCCACCUUCCUCUAUGCCAAUACUUAUGCUGUUUUCGGUGACAUCCUCAACGACCCUGCCUCCUAUGGGUUCAAGGUGAUAGAUACGGCUUGCUGUGGAUUAGGGAGGAACCAGGGACAAAUUACUUGUCUGCCAUUGGCAAUGCCAUGCGCUAAUCGCAAUGACUACUUGUUUUGGGAUGCAUUCCAUCCAACUGAGGCUGCUAAUGCUGUUUUCGCUUGGCGCGCUUAUUUAGGUCCACCUAAUGACUGUUACCCCAUCAACCUUCAACAAAUGGCUCUUCUUUAG